GGUGGAAAGGAAACAAUGCCAUCUUCCAUCCCUCGCUGUAGCCCCUUUCCCUUGCUUAUAGGAUGGGGCUUCAGUAUGGGGACCAACUACCACUUCCACAGCUGGAGAGUUUUCGUGGUUGUCUGCUCUCUGCCCUGCAUCGCGUCUCUGGUUGCCCUGAAGUUCAUGCCAGAAAGCCCACGGUUUUUGCUGGAGAUAGGCAAGCAUGACGAAGCCUGGAUGAUCCUCAAGCAAGUCCACGACACCAACAUGAGGGCCAAAGGCGAGCCUGAGAGGGUGUUUACGGUAGCCAACAUAAAAACUCCAAAGCAGAUAGACGAAUUCAUUGAAAUACAGUGUUCUACAGGGACGUGGUACCAGCGUUCUUUUGUUAGAGUGACAACCACCCUCAAACAGGUUAUGGACAAUGUAAUAUACUGUCUGACAGCCCAGUACAGAAUGAACACGCUUUUCCUGGCAAUUGUGUGGUUCUCAAUGGCCUUAAGUUACUAUGGCCUUAUCGUCUGGUUCCCUGACAUGAUACGGUACUACCAAGAAGAAGCGUAUAAGUCCCGCGAGAAAGUCUUUAAUGGGGAAUCAGUGAAGGAUAUCACCUUCAACUUCACUUUGGAAAAUCAAAUCCACCGGAAUGGGACAUAUUUCAAUGACAAGUUCAUCAAAAUGAAGUUCCGAGAUGUGACUUUUGAGGACUCUGUGUUUGAGGAAUGCUACUUUGAAGAUGUGACAUCGAGCGAGACCUUUUUCAAGAACUGCACCAUUAUAAAAACUGUCUUCUUUAACACAGACCUGUACAAGCAUAAAUUUGUCGAAUGCAAGUUUGUGAAUGCCACCUUCUUGGAGCAGAAGAAGGGCUGCCACAUGGAUUUUGAGAGGGACAACGACUUCCUGGUUUACCUCGUCGGCUUCUUAGGCAGCCUCUCGGUCUUGCCAGGCAACAUUAUCUCAGCCCUGCUGAUGGACAAAAUAGGUCGGAUCAAGAUGAUUGGGGGUUCCAUGCUGAUCUCUGCCGUGUGCUGCUUCUUCCUCUUUUUUGGCAACAGUGAGUCGGCCAUGAUUGGCUGGCAGUGCCUAUUUUGUGGUACCAGCAUUGCUGCCUGGAAUGCGCUGGAUGUGAUCACUGUGGAGCUGUACCCCACACAUAAAAGAGCCACAGCCUUUGGCAUCCUCAACGGGCUCUGCAAAAUUGGGGCCAUCUUCGGGAAUGCUAUCUUUGCCUCCUUUGUUGGGAUAACCAAAGUGGUCCCCAUCCUCCUGGCAUCCUCUGCUCUGGUGGCAGGAGGCCUCCUUGCCCUGAGGCUGCCAGAGACUCGCGACCAAGUCCUGAUGUGAGCCGCCCAAAGGAAACGUCAACAGACAGGGACGAGAUGCAUUUAGAAGAAAAUCGCGGGAAAGCCUGUCAAUAUUUCUCUGCCGAUACCUCAGAUCUGAGGAGGGAGGGGGAGGAAGAGGCACCCCGCUGAGAUAACGUUAACCCCUUAGUUCUAGGACUGUUGUGAAGUGGUGAUGGAGCCCGCCUGUCUAGGGCUGCACCCGCACGCGCACACCCUGAGCUUUGCUCAUUGCUUCAAAGCUAUCACUUGUUAGGGGGUGAAGCCCCAUUUCCCCUCUGAAUGUGUGUGAACAUCUCAGGCACUAAACCAGUAACAGAAGAAGAAGCUGCCUCGUGAUCGUGCAUGUUUGUCUAGAUGUGUGCAUUGUGACGGGUGGCACUGGGAAGUGAGCCAUUCCUCACACAAGUGACCCUCUCAGAGCUCAGCUGAAUGGCUUGAUGUCUACAUUUCUAUAGCUUUCCGGGCAAUUAGCAAAAAGAAAAGGGGGGAUGAAUAUAGUUUUAAAACUGAAGCCCAUUCACCAAUGGUAGCUGGUCCUCAAGAGAGAUCACAAACCAGAUGGUUUAUUCAGGGGCAAGGCUACCCUUUUGGGGAGUCAACAGCCAUUGACUUACAUUUUGCAGAGGGCGGCCUCAUAUAUCGAGAACCAAAACUGAGACGCCCAACAUAGCUUGUUGUGUUUCCUCAAGGAAAGCUGCUGAUCCUUUCAUACAUUGGACCUCCAAGUUGUCUAAAGCAACCAUCACCACCUCUCUCACAUAGGUAUGCAAGGGAAUCUGUUGGAGAUUCUGCACACACACUUUCCAUUUCAUUCUCAUCAAGUAGUUUUCAAAAACAAAACAAAACAAAAAAACAACAACCACAGAGAUAUUCCAACUGUCCACAAUAAUUUUAACUGGAUCUUGUGAGAGAGGAAGGCUAAGACAAGUUUAAGCCAUCAGUCAGUAUUUCAAAUGCUUUGAGUUUGGGGGCAUCACUAUAUUAAAAGAGUAUAAAUUGUUGUUGGUUUUGAUCUAGUUUCAUUCAUGUUCCGUUCCUUGAGCAUCUUAUGACUCCUGAAACCAAAUAUGUACAUAUCCUGCAGUGUAAAUAGAGCGCUUCCGGGGGGAGGGGGAUAUUUGAUCGACUAUAGAUUACGGUAUCUGCAGGAAUUUAACAGUAUUAUAGCCAUAUUAACAAAUGAUAAAUGUCUGAGUUACUUAUAUGUAGACUGCCAUCUUACUGGAACACUCUAAAGCACAGUUUGGGGAGUAGCCAUUUAAAUUGUUUUUUGGAGAUUUGCACUCGACAGAAGGUUGUCAUAUGGCAUGGCUGGAUCUGCCCUUUCAGCCAAGGUUGAAAGAAUAAAAAAAAACCUUCAGGUUUCAGGACUUGUUGGUCUCAAACUGUCUUAUACUCAAGAGAUCCAAGCUUGGCUGCAGAAUGGAACGGAUCAUGUUUUGUGGCAAAAGCAGAGAGCAACAUCACUGGCAUCCGGCAUCAAGAAUGGCUGGAUGGUAGACCAAAGGAUGCUGAGCACUGCUUUGAGCUGUUGUUGAUGAGGCCAUGAGGACUCUGAGGAAGAAAUGAUGGAAGAUACGAUGCACCUUGAUGCUUUUAUGAAAUGUCCGUUCCCAACAGGGAGCCAAAGACUCUCCCCAACAAAGGCUUUGCUUCUAUACUAAUUCACCUAAAAUGGAUGGAGGCUUUGCUACGAAGGAUUUCCUUCGUUGGAGAUGAUAGUGUUUUAAAAAUAAAUAAUAAUAAUAAUCAGGAAAAAUGAGCCAUCCCCAGAGAGCUGCUGUGCAAACUAGCCUCUCAUUACAUAAUAACUCUUUUCCGGGCAUAGACAGAGUUGAAAAUCAGCUGAUUUAUGCACAUUCUCAGAUUGCAUGGACCACGUUUUCUUCUUCGUUCUACUCAAUGAGCUUUAAAGCCCUGGUUGCUUCCUUCCUGGCGUUAAAAAAGAAAAGAAAAAGCCAUAUUGUCUUUUCCAACCUUAGAGAAAAAAAGGACAGGGCUGAUUCCAAAUGCAGACCUGCAUUUCUCUUGUUUUCCUCUUCUGACUCUGCAUCUAUAUGGACGCCUUCAUAUCUGUGUUGACACUUCCUCCUGAUAGCUGUGGGAUCUGGGGCUAUAGCAUAAUAUGUACAGAAGACAUGUAUUCAAUAGAUGUUGUCACCAUCCAGGAACCUGCAUUAUAAAAUUCUUUUUUGGGGGGGUGGGGGUGGGGGAAGGAUCAAUUGUCAUGAAAGCGCUGUUUUGUAAUCCUUUGUCAACCUCCACUGAAUGUGUCCACUACUUUGAAGAAAUUCAUGUCAUGCAAUGAAAUUGCAAUAAAUGUAAACCAAACGUGGUGUAUUUGAAGGUUAAA